GGCGGCCAGGAGCUGUGCACGCCUGGGUCUUGAAGCUGGGAGUCCCAAGCAGGGGAGACCGCGGCGGGCGUGCGGGGAUGGGGGCUGCCGGGACGUAGGAGGUACCCCUCCGGGUGCGCACCCCGGUUUCUCUACGACUCAGAGCCAACCUGACUCCUCAGACCACUGUGCCUCAUCAUGCAGAGUUCACUGGGCCACCUGAGGUGACACAUUCACACCCUUCUGGGAGAAAAAGGAUCAACAUAGAAUCUGCAAAAUAUACAGGUGCUUCUUUCCGGAGUAAUACUUAACCACAGGAGUGAAGACAACCUCUCCUGUCCGGGGAAGCACACAUAGUCUCCAGAUGACGCAGGAUAUGGACCAGAUAUUGAAGCAAGACCCCAGGAAAAGUAGGUGCCUUUUAUCGAGAGCCCUCAGACUUGCAGGGCAAGUUAAGAACAAAACUUCUGUCCAGAUUUGUGUAGAGUCCUAUCUUUAUCAAGUGUUGGAUUCUGAUUUUACUAAAUCUUGAUGGCCAUAAAAUAGAAUGCUGGGAGCAUCGCCCUGCUCUCGGGAGCUUAGCUUUGUUGGCCCCCAGAGUGUCCCCUCAUCCCUUCUGGUCCAGGUCAUGGCUCCUGAGGGGUUUGCGGCCCCUAAGGAAUAGAGGGGAGUGCCCAAAGCAUUCUCGAUUGGGCCCUGGAGCCUCCACGGAUGGAUCACUUCCUGAUCUUGGCUGAUCUCCCCGGCAAAUGGGCAGAUGGAUGAUGGAGACAGGAGCUUCUGAUGCCACUCCCACACCCUGUCACGCGUUGCCAGGAAUGACUGAGAAGCGUAUGGCAUUCUGCCUCUAGCAGCAUGGUGGUUGUAAUCCGAGGUGUGAACCUCUUCGCUGCACGAAGCGGGAGCACCUACUCUGUGCCCAGCGCUACUCCCAGCCUUGGAAAACAGUAGUGAACAAAAUGGACAAGAGUCUCUACCUUCUUGGGCGUUAGAUUCUGGAGGGAGGAGUCAGAAAGUAAACAGGAUAAAUAGGCACCCACAGGCCGCUGGGACUGAAGAGCUUGCUGUGAGGCCUCUGAGACGGACCCACCUGCCCAGUCCUGUCCUGGGGGGCGGGGGGUGGGGGUGCAGUGACGGCACAUGGGCGUGCCAGACGCUGGAUUCCUGAGACUCGCCCUGCAGUGGGUGACGCCCAGCCGGGGAGUCUCCAGAGGUGAGGCCUUUCUUUAAAAACUGGGAGCCAGGAGAAGAGACCCCACAUUCAAGGGGUGCCCUUAGAGCCCACUUGGAGAACGAAGAGCAGCAGCACGGAGCAAGGCUGCUUUGCUGUGUCCCAGGUGAGGUCCUCUGAAGGGAGUCCCCUGUUGGCUGAAGAUGAGGCCACUCCUUCUCCUGUGCUUUGUCUGGCCCGGCCUCCUGUGUGCCCAGCAAACCUGCUCCCGUGGGGCCUGCUAUCCACCUGUUGGGGACCUGCUCAUUGGAAGAACCCGGUUUCUCCGAGCUUCAUCCACCUGCGGAUUGACCAAACCUGAGACCUACUGCACCCAGUAUGGCGAGUGGCAGAUGAAAUGCUGCAAGUGUGACUCUAGGUUGCCUCAUAAUUACAACGGUCACCGAGUGGAGAAUGUGGUUUCGUCCUCUGGCCCCAUGCGCUGGUGGCAGUCACAGAAUGAUGUGAACCCUGUCUCUCUGCAGUUGGACCUGGACAGGAGGUUCCAGCUUCAAGACAUCAUGAUGGAUUUUAAGGGGCCCAUGCCCGCUGGGAUGCUGAUCGAGCGCUCUUCAGACUUCGGAAACACCUGGAAGGUGUACCAGUACCUGGCGGCCGACUGCACCUCCGCCUUCCCCCGGGUCCGCCAGGGCCAACCCCAGAGCUGGCACGAUGUCCGGUGCCAGUCCCUGCCCCAGAGGCCCAGCGGGCGCCUGGAUGGGGGGAAGGUUCAACUUAACAUUAUGGAUUUAGCAUCUGGAAUUACAGCCACUCAAAGUCAAAAAAUUCAAGAGCUGGGGGAGAUCACCAACUUGAGAGUCAACUUCACCAGGCUGGCCCCUGUGCCCCAGAGAGGCUACUACCCCCCCAGCGCCUACUACGCCAUGUCCCAGCUGCGUCUGCUGGGCAGCUGCUUCUGCCACGGCCACGCCGACCGCUGCGCCCCUCAGCCCGGCGGAGCCUCCUCUGGCCCCUCCGCUGCAGAGCAGGUCCAUGAUGUCUGUGUCUGCCAGCACAACACUGCCGGCCCCAACUGUGAACGCUGUGCACCUUUCUACAACGAUCAGCCCUGGAGACCCGCAGAUGACCAGGACCCCCAUGAAUGCCAGCGGUGUGACUGCAACGGGCACUCGGAGACCUGUCACUUCGACCCAGCUGUGUUUGCUGCGAGCCAGGGGACACAUGGAGGUGUGUGUGACGACUGCCGGGACCACACUGAGGGCAAGAACUGUGAGCGCUGUCAGCUGCACUAUUUCCGCAACCGGCGUCCUGGCGCGCCCAUUCAGGAGGCCUGCAUCCCCUGUGAGUGUGACCCCGAUGGGGCGGUGCCGGGAGCUCCCUGUGACCCAGGGACCGGGCAGUGCGUGUGCAAGGAGCAUGUGCAGGGGGAGCGUUGUGACCUGUGCAAGCCAGGAUUUACAGGACUCACCUAUGCCAACCCUCAGGGCUGUCACCGCUGUGACUGCAGCGUCCUGGGGUCUCGUCGGGACAUGCCAUGCGAUGAGGAGAGUGGGCAGUGCCUGUGUCUGCCCCACGUGGUGGGCCCCAAAUGUGACCAGUGUGCUCCCUACUACUGGAAGCUGGCCAGCGGUCGGGGCUGUGAGCCGUGUGCCUGUGACCCUCACAACUCCCUCGGCCCCCAGUGCAACCAGUUCACAGGGCAGUGCCCCUGUCGAGAAGGGUUUGGUGGCCUGACGUGCAGCGCUGCAGCCAUACGCCAGUGUCCCGACCGGACAUACGGAGAUGCUGGCACAACGUGCCGUGCCUGUGACUGUGACUUCCGGGGAACCGAGGGCCCAGGCUGUGAUAAGGCCUCGGGCCGCUGCCUCUGCCGCCCUGGCUUGACCGGACCCCGCUGUGACCAGUGCCAGCGAGGCUACUGUGACCGCUACCCGGUGUGCGUGGCCUGCCACUCUUGCUUCCAGAUCUACGAUGCCGACCUCCGGGGCCAGGCCCUGCGCCUCAGUGGCAUCCGCAAUGCCACCGCCGGCCUGUGGCCGGGGCAGGGCCUGGAGGAUCUUGGCCUCACCUCCUGGAUCACGGAUGCGAAGAGUCAGAUGGAGCGGAUCCAAGCCAUCCUCUCCCGUCCCUCGGUCACCGAGCAGGAGGUGUCCCAGGUGGCCAACACCAUUUUCUCUAUCAGGCAGACUCUCCAGGGCCUGCAGCCAGAUCUGUCUGGAGAAGAGGAGGCCUUGUCCCUCUCAGAAGAUGUGAAGAAUCUGGACAGAAGCUUCAAUCGUCUCCUUAUUACGUAUCAGAGCAAGAAGGACCAGUUUGAGAGGAUAAGCGGCGCGAAUCCUUUGGGGGCCUUCCGGAUGCUGAGUGCAGCCUACCAGCGGUCCUCCCAGGCUGACCAGCAGGUCUCCGACAGCUUCCAGCUGCUCUUACAGCUCAGGGACAGCUGGAGAGAGGCAGAGAGGCUGGAGGGUCAGCUGGGAGGAGGAGCCGGAGUCAGUGGUUCCCAACUUGUGGCCCUGAGGCUGGAGAUGGCUUCCUUGCCUGAUCUGACACCCACCAUCAACAAGCUCUGCGGGGGCUCCAGGCAGGCGGCCUGUACCCCAGGAGCGUGCCCUGGAGAGCUGUGUCCUCAAGAUAAUGGCACAGCAUGUGGCCCUCACUGCAGAGGUGCCCUCCCCAGAGCGGGUGGGGCCUUCCGGAUGGCAGGGCAGGUGGCCCAGCAACUGCAGGGUUUCAACGCCCAGCUCCAGCAGACCCGGCGCAUGAUCAAGGCCACUGAGAUAGCUGCCUCGAAGGUGCAGUCAGAUGCUCAGCACCUGGAGACCCAGGUCAGCGCCAGCCGCUCCCAGAUGGAGGAGGACGUCAGGCGCCUGCGGCUCCUCAUCCAGCAGGUCCGGGACUUCCUGUCAGACUCGGACACCGAUGCGGCCACCAUCCAGGAGGUCAGCGAGGCCGUGUUGGCUCUGUGGCUGCCCACAGACUCGGCCACGGUCCUGCGCAAGAUGAAUGAGAUCCAGGGCAUUGCCGCCAGGCUACCCAACGUGGACCUGGUGCUGUCUCAGACCAAGCAGGACAUUGCUCGGGCCCAGAGGCUCCAGAUGAAGGCCGAGCAGGCCAGGAGCCGAGCCCACGCGGUGGAAGGCCAGGUGGAGGAUGUGGUGGGGAACCUCCGGCAGGGCACGGUGGCGCUCCAGGAAGCUCAGGACACCAUGCAAGGCACCAGCCGUUCCCUUCGGCUUAUUCAGGAGAGGGUUGCGGAGGUUCAGCAGGUCCUGGGGCCGGCCGAAGGACUGGUGGCUGGAAUGACGUCACAGCUGGGAGACUUCCGGGCGCGGAUGGAGGAGCUCAGCCGCAGGGCCAGGCAGCAGCGGGAGCAGGCAGCGAGGGCCCAGCAGCUCACGGAGGGUGCUGAGCAGCGGGCACUGAGUGCCCAGGAGGGAUUUGACAGACUAAAGCAAAAAUAUGCUGAGUUGAAGGACCAGUUGGGUCGAAGCCCCAUGCUGGGGGCGCAGGGCAGCCGGAUCCUGAGCGUCAAGACGGAGGCUGAGGAGCUGUUUGGGGAGACCAUGGAGAUGAUGGACAGGAUGAAAGACAUGGAGUCCGAGCUGCUUCGGGGGAGCCAGACCAUCAAACUCCGCUCGGCAGACCUGACGGGGCUGGAGAAGCACGUGGAGCAGAUCCGCGACUACAUCAAUGGGCGUGUGCUUUACUAUGCCACCUGUAAGUGAUAUGCCAGCCUCCAGCCCCUGGCCCCCGCUCAUCUGCCCUCUUUACUUGGGCUGGAUUCCAUCCCAGCUCCAGGAGACUUUUCUACAGCCUUGAAGCACAGCCCGAACCCCCCUGUGUGCAGCUGGUAAGAUCUUUCUGGGCUGCUGCUGAGCCUGAGCUGAUGGGAAACUGUAUUCGAGAGACAGAGGGGGUGGAGGCGGGCUGUGGCCUUGGGACAAGGAGCUCUAAGUGGAGGUGCACUUGGCCGGCCGGCGUCCUUGCCCUUCAGCUUCCAUGGAGGCUGAAGCCUGGAUGAACACAAAAACUGAACCAAAAAAUGACAUACAAAUGAAAAGCCCAAUAAAAACCUUUGGCAAGAAGUCUGGAGGUUGAAAGAGA